UGGCGGGAAUAUCUGUGGAAAACGUAGGAUGGAAUUAAAAUGUUUUGGUUUAAUGGGAACAAUUUUGUAGCUGUAGUGUAGUACUCAUUUGUUGCUUGUUCAUUAAUUUCCUUUCCAAUAGCUGAACUAGAGGUUCGAAAAAUGGGUAUACAAGGACUAAUUCCUUUCUUAGAAAAAGCAAGUCGGCAAGUAAAUAUAAAGGAGUUUGCAGGAUGUAGUGUAGCUGUAGAUGCAUACUGUUGGUUGCACAAAGGAGCAUUUAGCUGUGCAGAUAAACUGGCGAGAGGUGAACCAACUAAUGCGUAUGUUCUCUACUGCAUGAAGUUUGUAAACAUGCUUCUGGCUGCGAACGUGACCCCUAUCAUGGUGUUUGACGGCCGUCACCUGCCAGCAAAGGCUUCUACGGAGAAGAAACGCAGAGAGUCGCGGGAGGCGUCCCGGAAGCGGGCCGCGGAGCUGCUGCGCGCGGGCAAGACGGAGGAGGCCCGCAGCUUCCUGCGCCGGUGCGUGGACAUCACCCACGACAUGGCGCUGGCCCUCAUGAGGGAGUGCCGGCGCGCGGGCGUGGACUGCAUCGUGGCGCCGUACGAGGCGGACGCCCAGCUCGCGUACCUCAACCUGCGCGGCACGGUCCAGCUCGUCGUCACCGAGGACUCCGACCUCGUGCUGUUCGGCUGCUCGCGGAUACUGUUCAAGAUGGACCUGAACGGCAACGGGCUGCUGGUGGAGCGGGAGCGGCUGUUCCUGGCCAUGCGGGUGCGGCCGGAGGCGUUCAGCUUCGACCAGUUCCGACACAUGUGCGUGCUGUCGGGCUGCGACUACCUCGCCUCGUUGCCGGGCAUCGGCCUCUCCAAGGCCCGCAAGUUCGUGACCCGGACCGCGGAGACCGACAUGCACAAGGCGCUGGUGAAGCUGCCCAGCUACCUGAACAUGCGCCAGCUGGCGGUGACGCAGCAGUACCGCGACGACUUCGUGCGCGCGGUGGAGACGUUCCGCUACCAGCUGGUGUUCGACCCGGCGUCGCGCCGCCUGGCGCCCCUGACGGAGCCGCCCGACUCGUACCGGCGCCACCCCUCGGCCGGCGAGCCGCUGCCCGGCGACGUGGCGCUCCAGCUGGCGCUGGGGAACCUCGACCCCUUCACGCUGCGCCGAGUGGACCACUUCGACCCGGACGCCGCAACGGUUGCCUGGGGGAAGCGACCGCGUCCCAGCAUCUGGUCCCGGGACUACCGGCCCCAGGCGCCGGUGGCCGCCAGACCCGACCCCGCGGCAGUCGACAGGCCGACCACCCGGGGGAAGGUGGUCGCGUUGCGUCUGAGACGGCGCUCGGAGCAGGACGAGACCCGUGCAGAGAGUGCCGUGAGCGACGUGGACCUGACGGCCAUGUACGGCGAAGGGCGCGCGGCGGAGACGGAGCGGCGGUCCCCAAAGAGGGCUCAGGAGGAGGUGGGGGACGAGGCCCCCGCCACGCCCGAGAGGGCAGAGCCCCCCUGCAAACAGCCUCGGUCCUCGCCCCGCUCCCCGGUGCUCGGGGGCCGGGCGUGCCGGAACCCCUUCGCGGUGCCGGGGGCCCCCGGGCCGGACGUCUCGCCCGGUCUCCCGGUGGGCUCCAGGUUCGGGGCGCUCGGCAAGUUCUCCCACGCGCAGAGCGGCGUCGUGGUGUGCAGCAGGUACUUUGUGACUGAAGGCGAGAGUUCGAGCCCUUGCGAAGUGGCGGACCGCGGCGAGACGAAGAUGACCGAGGAUCCCGGAGCCAGGCACCAGCGCGGCGGCACGGGCUGCCUGAGAGACGUGUCCAACGUGAUUGGUCGCGACGGCGAGGCAGACUCGCCCCUGCUCAAGCCGCCAUCGCCUGCUCCGAGCGCGGAAGCCAGCGAGAACCACCCGUCUCCCGUCGAACCGAGCGCGUCCUUGCAGCUUGAACCUCAACUCUCGCCAGGAAAGACGCAUACGUCCCCGAGCAAGCCGGGGACCUCGUUCAGGUGGGGCGAGCUGCGGAGCAGGUUCAGCUUCGAGGGGGGCCGCGGCCUGCCCUCGUCGCCGUCCGUCGGCCGGGCCUUCAGGGUCCCUCGCCGGGACGGGGGGCCCUCGUCGUCGCAGGGGGGCCUCUCCCAGGGGAGCGACGACGGCCUGUCCGGGACCAGCUCCUCUUCCGCGGACAGCGGCUUCGCGACGGACUCGCCCGCCAGCCAGGAGGAUAGAGCUGCCGACGACGUCUCCCGGCGUGGUGGCAAGACAGAGGCGUGCCGAACGCCGGGUCUCAAGAAACCGGCCAAACAGCAGAGCCUUCUGAACCUGUUCGGCUUCCGUAAGAAAGUAUCCGUGUAGCUGAGGAACACGAGCUGAACUUCCCAGAAGACGCAGUUUCUAGCGAAGAGAAUAUCAAUGGCCUUGAUAUGUAUAACCGACUGACUGUGGUCUCUAGCAAGCUGCAAGCUGUGUUUUUUUUUUCCAUUGGUAGGACAAGUAGCUGAUUUUGUAUUGCCAAUGAAACUGAAUUUUUUACCCAUUUGUGGGUGAAUUUUGUCAUGUGUACAAGUCAAAGUAGCAGCGGCAGAGAACAUAACCGACUUAAUGUGUCGCUGCACGAGACAAGCUUAAGGACAGGGUAGUGUGGCUGUAACUGCUUAAAGCUUGGAAACCGUCACUUAAGCCAGGAAAAAACUUCAAAGUUAACCUUUUAACUGUUACAUAGUCAAACAAAAACCAACUUAAUACUUUAAUUCUUUGAAGCAGCCAGUCCAGUGGUGGAUUCAGGAAUUUAAUUUAGAAGGGGAUUUAAAAAAAAAUUUUGUAAAAAAAAUUGUUGUCUGUAAAGUCGGUUUACGGACGAUAGUUUAACGUGACGUCAUAACAAAACAUUGA